AUAGAUUUGAGUAAUUAGAAUAUUACUGAGUAAAAUUUGCUGAAAUUUGCAUGCCUUGCCACGCGCACUGAUAAAAUAAUCGAUUUUAAGGUGUUAUUCCAAUAACAUGAUGGCAGCGACGGUCGUUGAAAUGAUGUCGCAGACGCAGAGCAAUGGGUUUCAGUCAAAAAAGAAAGAAGAGGCGGAUAAUAAAGACAACUUAUGGUCCUCUAUUUUAGCCGAAGUUCAAAAUAGUGGGAACAACAAGCUGCCUUCGUACAAAAAUGUUCUGGUACUAGGUGAUAAUGAGAGUGGUAAGACAACACUCAUAGCUAAACUUCAGGGUGUAGAGGACCCGAAAAAAGGUUCUGGUCUCGAGUUUGCUUAUAUUGAUGUUCGGGACGACUACAGAGAUGAUCAGACAAGGCUGUCGGUUUGGGUACUUGACGGAGAUCCUGGUCAUACAAAUCUUUUGAGAUUUGCAUUAAGUGCAGAAAGAUUUCCACAUACCUUAGUGAUGUUAGUAGCGGCAAUGACCAGUCCAUGGGCUAUCUUAGAACAACUACAGUCCUGGGCAGCAAUACUCGGUGAUCACGUUGAUAAAUUGUCUCUUGAUAAUGACACGAGGCAGCGUUGUCGGCAGCUUAAUGUCAAAAAGUGGCAAGAGUAUACGGAACCUGGCGACGAAUUAGAUCCGGGAAGUCCAUUGAGACGCACUAGCCGCAAUUUAGAUGAAGAAGCUGUUGAUGGUUUACCUUUGCCUGAAGGAGUACUUACUACUAAUUUGGGUCUAGAUGUUGUUGUUGUCAUCACGAAAACGGAUUAUAUGACAACACUCGAAAAAGAACACGAUUACAAGGACGAACAUUUCGACUUUAUGCAGCAAUGGGUGAGACGGUUCUGCCUGCAGUAUGGCGCAGGACUGUUUUAUACUUCCGCUAAAGAAGACAAAAACUGUGAUUUGCUUUAUAAAUAUCUAACGCAUAGAAUUUAUUCAUUACCUUUUCGAACGCCAGCCUUGGUAGUUGAGAAGGAUGCUGUACUUAUUCCUGCUGGAUGGGAUAACAUGAAGAAAAUAAGUAUUCUCCAUGAGAACUUGCAAACAAUGAAGCCGGACAGUUAUUAUCGUGACAUUAUAGCUCAACCACAAGUUAAUCGUAAGGCUGUGGCACGGGAAGUCGAAGUUCAAGCGGAAGAAGAACAAGCUUUCCUUGCUAAACAGCAAGCGGCAUUGACGGGUUUCAAAGACCCGACACGAUCGCCAACGACCCGUAACCAGGCAAGCAGUGAAACCAUCAUACAGGUGGCAUCACCUAACAAAAAAUUGGAUCCAAAAAGUGCAGGAAACACGCCGGGAGGAGAAGGUGUAUUAGCAAACUUCUUCAAUUCACUACUCCACAAGAAAUCUGGAGCAUCCCCUGGUUCUCCAGGAACUCCAGGCGCUGUCGUAUCCAGUCCAGUUAAAACUGAUAUAACGAGUCCAGAUGCAGGGCCGGUCGACAAAGCGGCUAUGCGCAAUGAUGCAGCAGCCGAGUUAGAUCGGCUAACGCGCAUGAAAAAAAUACCGCCACCUGAUUUAAACUCUUCAUCCGAGUGCUAGACUAAUGCGAGCUUGUUUUGCGACCCAUUCACGAUGGCAUGGGACUGACUAGUGAGGCUAGGGCUCUGGUUCUAGAGCGUCAAGCGAUCAAUUAGUGGAUUUAAAAAGCCUAAAAUCUACUGAGUAUUGAACGCGGCGAGAUUGCGGGCUGUGGAAACCAGUGCUUAAUCUUGAGAAUCCGUAUUGCCAUUUUGAACUGGUUUUUGAUCUAAUUGUGUUGCUUAUCAACGAAAAGUAACAAUCAUGCAGUCACUUCUGUCUGCGCACGAGGCAGAUGCAGCGUACGGUUCAUCAUAGUUAACAUAAGCUUGUAAUUAUUUGGCUGACUAAAUAAGAAAUAGUGCAAAAUCAAACGAAAGUACCUACUUUGAUUCAUAACGUUCUGGAUUAUUAUUUAUUUCCUUUGAACACGAGAGACAAAAAAAUCAUCUUUUUGGCACGAACUAUUGCAUAUUUACAUACUCCUGAUUAUUUAGAUGAUUUAAUGACUCGUUUUAUGGGUAAUUUUGGAAGCUAAUGACUAACGUGGUUGUAAUGUGAAAAUGGUACGAAGGGAGCAAUUUUUCAUAAUAACGAACGUGCAAUAUCACAUUAUGGGAGUUUUGCCUGGUAGUACGAAGGCAUUUAACCGUACUAUAAAUUCAGAAAUUAUACUAAUUACUAAUAAUCGGGUGGAGAAUGGGCCGCAAAGGCAAUUAUAUUUUUUUCCUUCGAGACUAAAAUUACUCAAAAAGACAUGAAACAAAAAAUAAGAUAAUAUAUACAUAAUGCGCUACAGCAGCUACACAACAGCCUUAAUUGUUGUCUUAUAAAGAAAAUUAAAAAAUUCAUAAUAUGAAGAAUAGAAAACCCUUGAGGUUAAAUGUAAUGAAAUAUUUAAUAUCGUGUAAUAAAUAAACUUCAAUUAAGCUUACGCACAUGCCCUUGCGUCUCGUCAUGCAUACAUAUAGUAAGUUAUUUAGUGAACCGUUGGCAGUAAUCUGUUUUUCAUUAUUAAAAAUUUGCACUUUUCUUUGAUUAUUUCUCUUUCUUUUACUCACAUGAAAAAGAUAAUUUUCAUUCAUAUACGGCACUGUCAAAGUCACUUUGAGGAGUUCUUUUUUCAACACAUUACUCAAAUUACAAUCGGUCUAACUUUGGUGACGUUAAUUAAUGAAAGGAGUACAUGAGUUUGCACGAGUGUGUAAAAAAAUUUUUUUGUAAGAGUUGUAUAUUUUAAUGAGAUUUUAGUCUUUGUCCGUAGCAGUAAGAUGAUUCUUGCUUCCAAGUGAAACAAAGAUCACGAUAUUUCUCUACCAAAAAUCAUUAUGCACUUAUUGUAUACUCCGUCUGCAGUCAAAGCUCAUCUCAAACUGUAAACAUUUGUUUUUUGAUUAUAUACAUACAUGGCUUUAUACUCAUCCUAAUGAACAGUGUAAUAUCAUCUAAAUAAUUGAUAAAAAUAAAUAAUUUUUCAUACA